GCUACGGUGCUCUCCUAAUCCGGACAGAUUGGUCCCCAUAUUCUUUUCGAACAACAAAUAGUGCCAUGAGUUAGAGAGCGAGCAGAGAAAACUACGUAAAAACGUUAACAAACGACGCCCGCAGGUCGUCGUGUAGCGUUGCGGCAAAGUGAAAACAACUUGCAGUGGAAGUAUUUUUGCUUCCGGCGGAAGUAAAAAUGGCCGAAGCGGAACCACUGUCACCGUCGGCGUCCUCGUUCAAGCAAAACUUCGAUCUCGUGACGCCCGAGUUCGAGCAGGAUCCGAAGCUGCUGUGGGGCGUUCCGGUGCCGCCGUUCGUCUCCGAUAAGGUGGUGUCGUGGGUCGAGGAAAACUUCCCGCACCAGCCACCGCCGCCGGUCGAAUUUCGUGGCCAGAAUGUGCAGAGGAAGAUCGAAAAUGUUCGUAUGAUUGACAGAUACAAUAGCAAAAAUCCGACCGUCGGUGUGCUCUAUCUGACGGCCACGCAUCUCAUAUUUGUCGAUCCGGAUGCCAACAAGGAGACAUGGGUCCUGUACAUGCACAUAGCCAACGUGGAAAAGCUGCCCCUAAGCACGACCGGGUCACCAUUGUUGAUACGCUGCAAGACGUUCCUCUCGAUCACGUUCGUCAUUCCGAAGGAGCGCGAAUGCCACGACGUCUACACGACGCUGAUGAAGCUCUACCAGCCGCUGCACAUCAAGAACCUGUACUGCUUCCAGUAUACGACGGCCGCCAAGGAGCUGUCGAAGGCGUCCGGCUGGGACUACUUCAAGCUGGAGAGCGAAUUCAAACGGAUGCGCGUCCCAAACGAGCAGUGGAGUGCCUGCGCGCUGAACCAGAAGUACGAGCUGUGCGAUACGUACCCGCAGCAGAUUUAUGUGCCGGCCGAGGCGAGCACACAGAUUCUGCUCGGUAGUUCGCGCUUCCGCUCGAAGGGCCGCCUGCCGGCCCUCACCUACCUGCACGCUAACAAGGCGUCAAUCUGCCGCUGCAGCCAACCGCUAUCCGGCUUCAGUGCCCGCUGUCUCGAGGACGAGCAAAUGCUGGAAACGGUCCGCAAAACCAAUCCGAACUGCGGUUACAUGUACGUGGUGGACACGCGGCCACGGAUUAACGCUAUGGCAAACCGGGCCGCCGGCAAGGGCUACGAGAACGAGGCGAACUAUGAAAACAUCAAGUUUCAGUUUCUCGGCAUCGAAAACAUCCACACAAUGCGCACCAGUCUGCAGAAGUUGAUAGAGUGUUGCGAGCAAAAGUCCCCGACGAUGAGUGGAUUUCUGAGUUCGUUGGAAUCGUCCGGCUGGCUAAAGCACAUCCGAUCGAUACUGGAUACAUCUUGCUUCAUUGCAAACGCCGUGGACAAGGGAAUUUCGGUUGUGGUCCACUGUUCGGACGGGUGGGACCGUACGGCACAAGUUUGCUCUCUGGCCGCACUGAUGCUGGACCCUUACUAUAGAACGAUCAAAGGAUUUCAGGCUUUAAUCGAAAAAGACUGGUUGGCGUUUGGCCACAAAUUUGGCGAUCGCUGCGGGCACAUUCAGAACGAUCCGAAAGAGGUGUCGCCGGUGUUUACGCAGCUGCUCGACUGCACCUGGCAGCUGAUGCAGCAGCGUAACGAUGCGUUCGAGUUCAACGAGCGGUUUCUGUUGAUUCUGCACGACCACGUCAUGUCCUGCCAGUACGGCACAUUCGUGGGCAACUGCGAGAAGGACCGGCUGGAUCUGCGGUUGGCCGAGAAAACCUACUCCCUGUGGGGCUUCAUGUCGAAUCACCUGAACGAGUACAUCAACCCACUGUACCGGCCGGAGAUGGAUGAAACCAUCAAACCGAAUCUGGCACCGCAGAACAUCAAGUUCUGGCGCGGUAUGUACAGCCGGUUCGAGAGUGGAAUUCAUCCGCGUGAACCGCUAGAGGAUUUGCUGAUCGCCAGCAAGGAUCACUGCACGUCGCUCGAGGAUCACGUGCAGCACUUGACGAAGCGGAUUAAUAGCUUCAAAAACAUGCUCUCAAAGUCGGCCAAACGGUUGCAGGGCGGAAGUGCGGCGGCACCACGCCACACCGAAUCGCAGCGGGCACCGAUCGAGGUGAACGAUAAUCGGUACAACUACGAUCGGAAGCUAAGCGAACUGUCCGCGGCCGAUGAUGACCACCCGCUGAAGACGACCGAUUUUUCCUUCUCCAAUCUUUCGAUCUCCGAGUACAACAACGAUGUCGAGCAGGUGAACGAUGAAGUCAGCUCCGUUGCCGUCGAUUGGAAAUCGCUGCGUGCCGUGGUUAACUGUCCGUCCUGCUCGAUACCGUUCGAUCAGAUCACGAAAAAGAAUCACUGCUGGAAGUGUGGCGAAGUGUACUGCAACCGGUGCCUCGACAAGAGCCUGUCCCUGGCCGGACAUGAGAGCGGUAAUCAGGUCCCGGUAUGUCGAAACUGUUUUCGGCAGCUGCAGCAAGUGAGCCCGUGAGCUGUGGCGAACAUUCCGCUUCCCACUUCCGAUGAGGAUUCCGGGUUGGUGUAAGGCGCCAGCUGCAUUCUUCUCCAUCAACAUUUACACAACGACACGGGGAUACGGUGUGAUAGAUUACGGAAACGGAAACAAAAAUCACUCUACUUUUUCGAGGCUAGCAGAACAUUAUUUUUAGAGUCAAGAAUAGUUCAAAAAGCUGUUUAAUUUAAGACCAAAGUAUGGUGUACCGUGCGGCAGGGCGCAAACUACGCUUGGGCUUGCGAUCGUGCUGAUCCUUGCCGUUGAUGAAGGGCUGUCAAUCUUAGAUUGUAGUUGUUGUAGCUGUAAAAUAGCACCAUUGGUUGCCACUAGCCGGUAAUGGCACCAGAAGCAUAUACUGUUAUUAAUUAUUGUCAAAGAAAGUGUAUAGAAUAUUGCCUGCAUGAAGCAUUAAGCAAUCGAACGGCAAUAAAAGCCAAGCAGCCAAACGACUAGUUGGCUUGACACUGUUUUGUGGGACAUUCGUUCCGAGCUGAAAAAGGUGAACGUUAGAGGAGGGCUGUAUUGUGAAAUUAGUAUUCUGAAAAAUGAUUAGGCAUCCUUAUUAGGACGGAAUAUCUCCUGCAGGAAUAUACGCACACAAGUAGACGCGCCCGUUGUAGAGCAUUCGUUAUUUAUUGUGCCUAAGCUGAACGCAAUUUCGCAAACUGUGAAAGGAGCGCGGCCUACGCGGUUCUAUUUCUUCCAUAAUUAUUUUCGGCUGGAAUAUUCUUUUGUAACCCGCUACGGACAGUAUUUUCUACCCGAUCCGGAACUUUGUGUUGUGUGUCCUAGUUGCGUCCUUCAGUUGCGUUACGAAAGCAUUCGCGGCGGUGGUAAUACCAAGUAUAUCACAUCGUUCAAAAAGUCCCGGGACUAACUAUGAAAACAACAUUUUAUCGGCAAAAUUCUUUAUUAUUCAUCAACAUAAUCUCCUUAAAGUGUAAUACAAUCAUUCCACACUUCUCUAACUUUUCAAUUCCAUGUUUGUAGAACGGUUUGUCUUUUGACUCAAAAUGACCCUCAAAAGCAGCGAUCAGCUCCUCAUUCGAGCCAUAUCUUUUUCCCUGGAGCAUCUUUUUGAGAUCCGUAAAG